AUGGCACCUCGCCUUCUACUGGUUCUAUUCUCUCUCGUCCCAGCUCUCAUCGCUGGACAGAAAUAUCUGGGGGGUGGCUCGAUGGCAUCUUUCUAUCCUUACGAACUGACAGACGACGAAAACGGUGAUAGAGGUGGAAGGUUCGUUCACCAUUACGACAGCAAGAACGAGGAACAUGACGACGAUGACGACAACACCAGCAACGAGGUAAAACCGUGGAGAAGACGAUUUAACCUGCUGAACACAGAUCUGCAGGUGCUGAAAAACAUGAAGCGAUCGGAAAAGAGACACCGUUUGGCCGAUUCGGCUGAAAUUGCACUGAAAAGACACCACUCUUACAACCCUGUGACGGAGACCGAUGAAGACGACGUGGAGAAUACAUCGUUGAAGAGUGGCUUUCAAGCAAGCUUUUCUCAGCAGAUGAGAAAACGUCCGCAAGCGAACAGAAGACGCCUGUCUCCGUUCACUGAUUAUCUUUUGAUCGAUUCCCUACUCAAAAACAAAGAAUAUCCUGACAGGAGCAAACGAUACUGGGACAGGUCCUGUAAUUGCUGGAGAUGGGCUGAAAAUCUGCAGGUGGACCGUCGGCGUUACUCUAUUAAUAUGCCACUUUCAAUUCUUUCUUGGGUCGUGGAGAAUGCCCAAAAGGAAGAAGACAUGGCCAAGACUCGAGAGCGUUUACUAGGAUUAGGUCGUAAGUAA